GAGAAUUGCAAAAAUAAAAGGACCAGGUCAGGCAGGGUAUAUAAAUAUCCAUUGCCAUUGAGGUUCUGCUGUCGUUGAGAGACUGAAACAACUCCAAGGACACAGGUCACAGCGACGUGGUUCUCAGCUCUGAAAUACUGAUUGAACCGGGGACAAUUAUUAGAACGCUCAGGCCAACGACGCUGCAGAGACCCGGUGAAGGAGACAGAGAGGACCCUUUUGUCGCUGGCCUAUUUCCUGCGUCCCCAGCAUGUGUACUGGGGGUUGUGCCAAGUGCCUGGGGGGCACCCUCAUUCCCCUCGCUCUGUUUGGCUUCCUGGCUAACAUCCUGCUAUUUUUCCCUGGAGGAAAAGUCAUAGACAACAACAAUCACCUUUCUGACGAGAUCUGGUAUUUCGGAGGAAUAUUGGGAAGCGGGGUCUUGAUGAUCUUCCCUGCACUGGUGUUCUUGGGCCUGAAGAACAAUGACUGCUGUGGGUGCUGCGGCAACCAGAGCUGUGGGAAGCGAUUUGCGAUGUUCACGUCCACGAUAUUCGCCGCGAUUGGAUUCUUGGGCGCUGGGUACUCAUUUGUCAUCUCAGCCGUCUCCAUCAACAAGGGUCCUAAAUGUCUCAUAACCAACGACACGUGGAGCUACCCCUUCCACGACGGGGAUUACCUCGGUGACAAAGCCUUAUGGAGCAAGUGCACAGAGCCCCUUGAUGUGGUUCCGUGGAACCUGACCCUCUUCUCCAUCCUGCUGAUCGUAGGAGUAGUCCAGAUGUGUCUCUGCGCCAUCCAGGUGAUCAAUGGCCUCCUGGGGACCCUCUGCGGAGACUGCCGGUGUUGCGGCUGCUGUGGGGGAGAAGGACCAGUUUAAAUCUCUGCGAUGAGUUGCCUGAACUUUGCACCACGUGGGGAGAGACCUGAAACUUACUCUCCUCCUCUCGGGGCGGUUCCUUCCCAUCUGUGUCCAGAUGACAAAGCUGGUCCGGGGGGGGGGGGGGGGGGAGGGGUGGACAGAGUCCUUGCUUCUUUCUAACCAGUUUUGCUCAAGUUAGAAUUUUGUUAUCUUCAAAUAAAAGGUAGUUUGGCUGCUUAACAAAUUAGAUGACACAUUUCUCAAAUUAGCCUCUUCCUAGGAUUUUAAAACAGCUUCAAAGCAAAGUUUUCGUCAUUUUUUUUUUCCUUAGAAGUCUGAAACAUAUAUAAUGUCCCUCCCCCAUUUUGUACAUAGAGAUGUUUAUAUCUUUGGGAGGUUAUGUAACUCAAAGGAAGAAAGCACAUUAAAAGUGAGAAAUGAAGACCCACUGGUAUUCUCAAAGUGAAGGGGGAAAAAAAAAAAGAAUGAUUCAUCGUAAACGACUUUUAUUUGAUGCUGCUUUGCUAACAUGUUGAGUUACUUGUGACCAGUCUCUGGAGCCUGGCAACAUGCUAGGGGUCCCUUAUGUACAGUAAAUUAAAACCUGAAUUUGGAACUGAAA